AUGUUGUUCCUUAUAAUCUUAGAAAUUGUGGACAACUUCGUGUCAGCAUUGGUGGUCAGACUAGAUCAGCGCAGUGGAUUUAGUGUUCUUCGAUUAGAAGGGUAUGCAAAACUAAUUUUGAUCAGUACUCAUGGCCUCUUGAAAGGCCGCUGCCAGUCCUACAGAAGAUUCAAAGCUAAACUCAACCACCCUAGUCACCAACCAGCUCGUCCUCACUGUCUCCUCGAACAACAUGGCUCCCAAUUACGCCUUCUACGGGCCAUGAAUAAUUUAGUGUUGGAGCUGGAUAGUAUGACAAAAUUCGUGGAGAACUGUAAUAUUCAGGUGCCUAUGGAGGUUAUUAAUUUGAUAGAUGAUGGAAAGAAUCCAGAUGAAUUUACUUUGGAUGUGUUGAAUAGUUGUAUUCCCAAAAACCAGAUUAUUAAAGGCAAAACAGACACCUUCAAGAGCUUGAGAAGUCAUCUGCUUGAGGAACUGGAACAGACAUUUCCCGAUGAAGUUGAAGUUUAUACGGAGAUACAUGCAGCUUUUGCUGAGAGAAAACGGUUUGCACAAGCAGAAAGCACGUUACCAAAUGGUGAUGCGAAGGUGAACAAACUGAGUUGUGAGAACCAUUGA